AGUCCCCCAAGUGGACCGAUGACACGGGCUCGAGUCAAAGCGCUACAUGACAAGGUGAACUCACUCCUCACUACCCUUGAUCUCGAUACCCCAUUGGAUGGGCUGCUACCUCAGGCCGAUAUGCUUUGUGUUAUCAGAUAUGAACCUCGAGAGAAGGACAUCACAGCAGACCCGAAGAUGGACAAGGAAGAAGGAGAAGAAGAGUCCCAGCUGAAGGACGCCCCUCAGGGCCGGCACUGCCGGCCUCCAGGCACCGGCACUGCCGGCCUGCUCACCCCGGCACUGCCGGCCUCAAGCCCCCGGCACUGCCGGCCUACUCACCCCGGCACUACCGGCCUCCAGACCCCGGCACUGCCGGGCCCUCCAGUUGAAGACUCGACGAGAGCCAAGACCGGCACUGCCGGCCUGGACCCAGCGGCACUGCUGGCCCCACCGGCACUGCCGGCCCAUCCUCACCGGCACUGCCGGCUCCACCCCUGUUGACUUCAUCUCAACCGUCGAUUUCGCAUCCAUGGACCAGGAUAAUUUAUGUAAUUCCGACUUUACCCCUGUACGAAUCUGGGUCUAUAAAUACCUCACCCCUUCCUCCAGA